AUGGGUUCGAGUAAGGAUCCGAAACGUCAGGCAAAUAAAUUUCUUGUUCCGGUGAUCGCAUCUUCAUCUUCUGAACUGCUACCUGGAACUCGCCUGUUCGCUUCUAUCAGCGAUGAUGAUAAUAAUAAUGGUGGUAGUGGUGGUAUUGGUGGUGGUGGUGAUGCUGAUGAUGAUGAUGAUGAUGAGGAGGAGGAGGAGGAGGAGGAGGAUGAUGGUGGUGGUGGGGUCGAGUGA